AUAACGGCGUGUUAUCAUCAGUAGCGCGGCAACCAGUCGCCGGCCGCACGUGUCGCCGUAUUAUAUUAACAAAAUGUUAAGAACACUGAGAGGUGUUCAGCGUUUAAGCGGACAAUGCCGCCCCUACAGCCAAGCCACGGUUAUUGGCAGCGAGCCGAACAGAAGCGACCCUACGUACUUGGAAAAUAAGGCGAGAAUGGACGAUCUCGUUGCCGAGCUUCGCCAAAAAACAAGUGACGUUAUACGCGGCGGGUCGGAGGACGCCGUGAGGAGGCACACGGAGCGCGGCAAGCUGCUCGUGCGAGACAGAAUAAACCGGCUCGUCGACGAGGGCAGCGACGUACUCGAGCUGAGCACGCUCGCGGCCACCGACAUGUACAAAAACCAGGUCCCCGGGGCUGGCAUCGUUACAGCGAUCGGCAAGGUUCACGGUCAAGAAUGCGUGAUAGUUGCGAACGACUCUACUGUCAAAGGAGGCACGUAUUUCCCGAUGACGAUCAAGAAACAUUUGCGCGCGCAGGCGAUUGCGCACGAGUGCCGGCUUCCUUGCAUUUACCUCGUCGACUCCGGAGGCGCUCACUUACCGGAUCAGGCCGACGUGUUCCCUGACAGGGAGCACUUCGGACGGAUAUUCUACAAUCAGGCUAAUAUGUCAGCCGAGGGCAUACCUCAGAUAGCUGUCGUUAUGGGCUCGUGCACGGCCGGCGGCGCAUACAUUCCUAGCAUGUCAGAUGAGAGCAUUAUUGUUAAAAAUCAAGGUACGAUUUUCUUGGCCGGCCCACCUUUAGUAAAAGCAGCUACGGGGGAAGUAGUUACCGCGGAAGAAUUAGGAGGUGCAGAUCUUCAUUGCCGGCAAUCCGGUGUGACAGAUCAUUACGCGCAAAACGACGAGCAUGCUCUGUUAUUAGCUAGAAACGUUGUUGCCAAUCUAAAUAGUAAUGCUGACCGAAUGGUUCGAGUGCAAACUCCUAAGGUAGAAGAGCCAAAGUUUGACAUUGAGGACCUGCACGGGAUCGUAAAUGCGAAUUUACAAAGACCUUAUGAUGUCCGAGAAGUUAUAGCAAGAAUCGUCGAUGGUAGUAGAUUCCAUGAAUUUAAAGAGUUGUAUGGUGAUACUUUAGUGUGCGGAUUCGCAUCCAUUUACGGACACCCCGUUGGUGUGAUAGGAAAUAAUGGAGUGCUGUUGUCUGAGUCUGCUUUGAAGGGUGCCCACUUUAUACAGCUGUGUGCAGCGAGGAAGAUACCUUUGUUGUUCCUGCAAAACAUUAACGGUUUCAACGUUGGUCGAGAGGCUGAAGCGGGUGGCAUUGCCAAGAAUGGUGCUAAAAUGGUGACUGCUGUUAGCUGUUUCAAGGGUCCUAAGAUCACUGUUCUUGUAGGUGGAAGUUUUGGCGCAGGCAACUAUGGUAUGUGCGGACGUGCAUAUUCCCCAAGCUUCCUUUACAUGUGGCCGAACUCCAGGAUUUCAGUGAUGGGUGGUCCUCAAGCCGCGACUGUUCUGUCGUUAGUUUCUAAAGCUAAAGCUGAGCGGGAAGGGAAACAGUGGACUGAAGAGGAUGACAGGAAAGUCAGAGCACCAUUGGAGGAAAAGUUCGAAAGGGAAGGCCGGCCAUACUACAGCACUGCCCGUUUAUGGGACGACGGUAUUGUAGCUCCAAAAGACACUAGAAAAGUUAUAGGACUAAGUUUAUCCGCUGCCUUGAAUGCACCGUUCAGGGAAAGCAAAUUUGGCAUAUUUAGAAUGUAAAACUGUGUGUGCCGAGACAAUGAGAGGCUAUCAAAGUGACAUUAAUAUUAAACGGAGUCUCGAACAAUGGGCUCUUUAUAAUAAGCAUUUUUUACUAAAGUUGGAACCUGUUUCUCGUUAUGUCUUGCUUGUUUUGUAAUUUGUUAAAAGAUUUUGCAAGUUGUUCCAGCUAAUCGAGAACAUUUAAAAUUAAAUGAUGAUUAUCUUCGUGUUCAUGUUUUGAAAGGGCCAGUCGUGUUUUUGUAUGUUCAAUAAUGAUGCAAAAUGUUGACGAUGAUUUCAUAAUCAUGUAAAUGACUACAGAAACGUUCUCUAUUUAAUCAUAAUUAGGUACAUUUCGUAUCUUAUCACCCUGUUGUGAGCUCGCCGUGUGGUUGUGAUAAUUUUCUGAUUUAAAACGUUGUUGAAAAUAAAAGAGCUGAUAUUUAUUUAAGUUUAAUUAUCUACUUCAUUACCAAAACCAACACCUUCAUCGUCCCGUUAUCAGAACAAAUAUUUAUUUGCCGAAUAAUACAUGAAACUCUUAGAUUGUGUUUUAUUCUCAUAAAAUCACAACUUUGUAUGAAACUAUGUUAGUAGUGCUCGGAAUUUUACGUUUCUUUAUAAGUUCAUUACGUAAUUGAAUUACAAGUAUCAUGAUUAUGACACAUGUAAUCAAAACGACGUAAUCUUUAAUAAAAAAACUUAUUGUAAUUGUAAAUUAUACGUGUUGUUUUUGCACAUUAAUAACAUCAUUAAGAAAAGUUCGUAAGAAUUGCCUUUAAGUCUAGAUAAGGAUACUAAUAUUACCACUAAAGUGUAAAACUAGGUAAUAUUGCACGGAUUGCACAAAAAAAUUUUAAAAAUGUCCUUAUGUACAUAAACACAAACUAAAAACCGGUUUAAAAAUCUAAGAAUAACACUUCCUUAUCCUACAGACGUGAAACUGAAAGGCUAACACCUCAAAUUAUAAUAACAAUCUAAUCACCUGCACUCUCGAUCUACAGUGCGAUAAAAACCUGAUUUACAUUGCUAAUCGGGCUCGGUGACCUGCGUAUGCGCCGGCAUGCUUAUUGCUUUGAUUAACCAGUAUAACUUGAGACUUGUCAUCAGUAAUAUUAUAAUUUAUGUGUAGUUUUUUAUAUUAUUACUUCGGUAAACAAGUAUAUCGUCACUACUUUUAAAAAAUCUCGUAUCUCACGCUAAUCCUCAAAGUUAAAACGCAGUAAGUCUAUACGCAUUCCAUACAUACUUACUACAAUUUUCUUUUCAUUGACAGACGAAGAUACAAGUUUUUUUUUAAAGUAGUGACGAUAUUACUGUUCGCCUGAUGGUAAUCAGGCACUUAAAACUUAUGACCACUGCAACUCCCUAGUCUCCCCACCCUUGACGAGCUCUGGAAACCUUAUUUGUCAACAGGAACAAAACACUAUGCUAUGUACCUAUUAAGUAUACUUAUGCUGUACUGAAGUAGAGCUACUUAGGCUAGUUACUUAUUUGGCUGCGUUUUUUUAUGAACGAAGAAGACAAAAAAUGAAGGAUCUGCCCCCUGUGGCCGAUUUCUCAAAACUGAAAGUUACACCAGUUAAUAACCCAUCCACCCACCAGUGCCCAUGCUGCGCUUAGUUCAAUUGGUCGCUUGUAUACUCCUAGCGAGGAACGAUUGAACAUCAUCGAAUACUAAAAUGUCAAAAACAGUUCUGAGUUCACAUUACACUGGUAGUUUAGUUGCACUAAGGUAUGUUACGAAAAUAGUGGCUUUAUGCUGACUUUCAAAGUUCAAGUUUAACAAAAGAAUGGUAUUUUUAAUUAUUAACUGUUUAUGAGAAACAAGGUCAGACAUUUGUUGUUUUCAGUAAUUAGUUGGUCUUUAUUGUGUGAACUUUGUGCGAGUGUAAUUAUUAAUAUUAAUGCUACGGUUGUUAGGAAGUGUACCGGAUAUAAUUUGAUGGAUUAAAAGAGGGAGAACUUUUCA